UUUCUUCCCAUAAAUGUAUUUAUAAUUCCGUCUUGGUAAUUCUCCAUCCACACACACAUUUACUACUUUUAUUAAUCCAAGACGGCUCGAUUCAAAUAAAUUUACCACUUUUUACUGGAGGUCUCAAUGGUGAAUUGGGGAUGAUUCAGGAAUGAAAUGACAUUGACUUACUGCUGCAAAUAUGGAAUUGGUGAAGAUUAGCAAACAUUAUCUUGAGGAGGAAGGAAAAGUGUAGUGCUGAAGAACCCAGAGAGAUCGCAGAAAAAGCGGGCAAACGCCCUAGUUUGCAGUCGAAUAGCAGGGAAGAAAGUCGGGGCAGAGGUGAAGAAGUUCUCAUAAUGCAAGUGAUUUAUUUGAGCAAGGUCUGAAUUGAAGGUUUGAACCAUUGUAGAAUCCAAGAAGCUUUGCGAACAGAGUCUUGACUUUGUUCCGUCGUUGGAUGACUUGGCUCUAUUGAACAGACGUUUUAGUUUUGAGGAAUCUGAAGAAGCAUCAGGUAGGAUAGAAAGUUCAGCUUCAACCAAGCAUGUGUCGUCAACCAGGAAUUCAAAUACAUUGAGAUCGCUCCAAAGGCAUUCUUGGACUCUCAUAAAAGAGCUAUAUCGAAAAGGUUCUCAAAAGGUUUGGCAUGCAAGACUGCAAAUCUGGAGAUACUCCAGUUUAUAAGGGAGACAAGUUUAGUCUCAUUCAGGGCCCAAAGAAUGAUUUUGAAUCUAAAGAAAUGAGGAACAUUCUUUAUGCUUCGACUGUAGGAAGUUUGAUGCAUGACCACGUUUGUACAAGACCUGAUUUAGCAUACAUCAUUGGGAUAUUAUGCAGAUAUUUGAGCAAUCCGAGUAUGGACCAUUGGAAAGCAGCCAAGAGGGUCAUGCAGUAUUUACAGAGAACAAAGGAACAUAUGCUCACAUAUCAGAGAUCGUAUCAGCUUGAUAUCAUUGGGUAUACUGACUCUGAUUUUGCUGGAUGUCAAGAUAGCUUUAAAUCUACUUCAGGCUGCAUCUAUAUUCUUGGUGGAGGAGCUGUCUCCUGAAGGAGUAUCAAGCAUACUCUUACAACUACUUCUACCAUGGAAGAAGAGUUUAUAACAUGUUAUGAGGGAUUCAAUCAGACAUUAAGAUUGAGAGAUUUUGUUAGUGGAUUGCACAUAGUGGACAUCAUUGAAAGAUCACUUAAUUCGUUAGCUAUUGUGUGACAAUAGGUCAACAGUCCUCUAUGAUAAGAAUAAUAGCAAUUUAACCAAAGCAAAACACAUUGAGGUCAAAUUUAAAGUUGUUAAAGAUCAAGUAUAAGAAGGAAAAUUAUCUAUAGAACUUAUUAGCACAAAUUUCAUGAUUGUGGAUCCGCUUACUAAAGAACUGUCACCCAAAGUGCUUCAUGAGCAUAUUGCUCAAAUGGGUGUCAAAUGAGUUUUAGUGGGAGUUUGUAGUGUUUCUAUGUUUGAUUAAUUCAGUUUUAAGGUUGUUUUAAUUUUAUGCAAAAAUAAAGUUUACAUUUUAUGUACUCUUACAAUUGUAUUAUUGAUCAAGGUGGACUAGUUGGAAAUAGACAUUUUAUUCCAUAACACACCUCAAGUUAUUUCCACGCUAAACAUAUAUAUUUGAUCCAUGUCGUUUAUUGUA